UGUCAGUGGGCUGCCGCCCGCCCGCCCGAACAAGUCGUGAGAGGAUCACACCGCUUCAAAGUAAACACAGCAGACGGAAGGGAAAGUCCUGUCUAAUUGCGCGACCUUCGCAAAAACGCCGACGCUUCUGUGUUGCUUCCCAGUUUUUGGAGCUGUUCUAAAGCCGCUUGCCAGCGGUCAAUGCAGCGGAUCCGCAGCCGCGGCCGAAAUGAAUGGGAAAAGCCGAUUGCAACAGGUCCAGGAGGAUGCAGAAGAGGUUAAGGACAUCAUGCUGGAUAAUCUGAACAAGGCGGAAGAGCGAUCCGAAAAACUGGGUGAUCUGGAGGACAGAGCUGAUGAGCUGCUAAGACAGAGUAAAGCCUUUGAAAAGAAAUCCAACCAAGUGAAGGAAACAACAAGAUGGAAAAACAAGAAGGUGAAAAUCGUGUUAAUUGCAGUUGUGGUUGUCGUGGCCCUCGUCGUAGUUGGACUCAUCAUCUUUGCCACUGCAACAUAGCGCACUCCUACUUGGACAAACGAAAAAGGAAACAUUGGGACUGAUGUGGACUAAGAUAAAAAGUCCAGGAGCAUUUUGCCUGAAUGGUGAAGUCAGUGCUGACGCUGUGUUUAGAUAUAUUUAUGGGACUAUCUUAUCAGUCUCACACAAUUGUAAGAGAUUAUGGUACCAUGAAUAGCUGCUUCUUUUCUUUUUCCACAGCGUGUCCUGUUUAUGUUGCAGCCAGUCCAUAUUAAAGAGAAAAUGUUUU